CAGUGUUUGAAUGGGAUAGCCUCCAUCUGUCAGCACGCAUCAAAUCACAGGAGCGCGAGCGCUGCCAAGCUGCUUUAAUUCACAAAUUCCUAACAGAUAUGGAGAUAUAGAAUAUCAGUUUCUCGUGGAAAAAGCCUUUGCUGGACUCAGAUUUGGUAAACAGACUCUUCGGUGUGUGUUUUCUGUUCCUGCAGGAGCUGAAAGAGUCCCGGUGAUGCUGGGAGUCAAGCGCCUCAUUAGAUGGAACGGGUCAUUCAUGCGUCAUGAAUAAUUCAUUUGAGUGCGGUCCUGUCCUCAGAUCCUGCGUUCCUCCCCAUAAGAUGCCUUCAGAAAGUCGUCAUCCAAUUGCUGCACCUUUUUUUCUCCCAACAGCACUUCUUUGCGCACUAAUUGCGUCACUUGGAUUAAGUCAGCUCUCCUUUCUGUCACUCCUCUCCUCUUUUCAUCUUCUCUGACCUGCGGGUCUCAUUCGUUCCUUCUUUUCCAUUUUUACCUUCCUCUCUCCUCCCUCAUUCUCAAUGAAUCCGUCACCCAGGUUCGACCCCUCCCACUCCGUGUCAGCGCGUAAUUACGCGCUCUGAGCGCAAAGUUGGCUUUAAAUAGCGCGUCCCGCUUUGGAGAAGGAGUCCUUCUGUUCCUGCGCGCGCUCUUUAUUUUUUGCUUUUAUUUAUUUAAACAAAUUUUUCUCUGUUAUUUUUUUUUCUUCUUAAAAAGAAAAAAAAAAGAAAGAAUCUGCUCCUGCGUUGCGGUCCAUCUGUGCCCCCGACAAGCAUGCAGGUGUCCGCGGCGCUGCUGCUCUGCAGCUCGGCGCUGCUGCUGCUGCAGGGAUGCUGCGCGGCCGCCAAGGGAUGGCGGGGAAUCAGGAAUGAUGCUACCGAGCUUUUAGCGGACUAUGGGCAGCACGCGGGCGCGCCUCACGAGGCCAUCCUGCGCGCGGCCAACGACAACAACAACAACAACAACAACAACAGGAACAGUAACAACACUUUGAAUAACAGGGCAAAAAACGGCGGAAGGACUGCAAACACAGUCUCAUACAGUGCCUCGGAGCUGAGCUGCAGGGAGCUGCGCUCCACCCGCUACAUCGCCGACGGCUCCUGCCGCAGCGCCAAGCCCGUCAGGGAGCUGGUGUGCUCGGGCCAGUGCCUUCCCGCCUACCUCAUGCCGAACUCCAUCAUCCGCGGAAAGUGGUGGAGGAACAGCGCCUCGGAUUACCGCUGCGUGCCGGCGCACUCCCGCACGCGGAGGGUCCAGCUGCAGUGCCCCAGCGGCAACACUCGGACUUACAAAAUCCGGGUGGUGACCUCCUGCAAGUGCAAGCGCUUCAGGCCUCACCACAACCAGUCGGACGCCAAGGAGCUGCCCAAGGCGCCGCGCAGCAAGAAGCACAGCCGGAGCAAGAACAGCACUCCGCUCACGGGGAACUCGUACUGAACAGUGCAGACCAAAGAACUCCCACAUCUUUCAUGAGGAGAGAACUGAAGUUUUAAGGCUGAUUGAUGCAAAUCAGUCCAUAACUUUCCAUCUAUUGUAGUUUGCAUGCCACCAAGGGGUUGUCUCUGUAGUAACCGGUCAAACGUCUUACAACCCGAACCGUAGCUGGUGUGGGCUGACUUCAAAUCAAUUCAUAAAACUUUAAAAAAGAUCUUGAAGCUUUAACCGCAGAUACAGAAUCAAGGCUUGCUAAAGCUGAGUAGCUUUAUCUUUGCUUUGCAGUGAUUGUAAUCCAGAUCUUUGAGGGCUUUGUUUGGGAAGGCCCGUCCAGAUCCAGACAGGACAGUUCAGGAGUUGAAGCUGCGUCAGGUACAGAAGCACUUCUCUGGUAACUAAAGGCAGGGGAGUCGGGGAGACUGAGGAUGUGACUCCCCUAAAUCAGCCUGUUUCUGAUUCAAACCUCCAACCGGUUUGGUGGAGAAACGUGUAAAUGGUGUAGGAGGUUCUCCUCUGUGCCCACACUGAAUUUCUCCUGCAAAAGCUUUCCUCGUCCAUGUCCAUCUGUGGUGUUACUCUGCUGGAUCGCACGCCUCCACCGCCUGUAAAUAGAAAUCGAGCUUUAACGCUGAACUGGUUCUGACCGGACCGACAACCGUGCAGAUCUUUAGGAACAUCUCGUCGCUUGCUCCCCGUUUUCCGUUGUCUAAACCGUGCCGGCAAAUCCAUUGAAAACUCUAUUUGGAGGAGCAACUGGAAAGCUGCGGCGUGCUGCGCGCCGCGCCGCAUGAGCCGCCUCAUGAAGGCGGACGGAGGGACAGCCGUUUUUCUACAGACGCAGAGAGGGACUGUUAUAGAGACUCAUCUGCAUAUUUAUUUUUUAUGUCCACAUUUAAAUUAUUUAUGCAACUUUUUGUAGUAAAUAGCCAUUAUUGCCAUAUAUUGUGUUGAAAAAGUAAACAAAAAACUGUACAGUACAUGAAUAAAAUAAGGAAUGGUAUAUUUGAA